GUAUGGAGAAUAGGGAAAAGAAAACAUUGAUAAGUUUUUGCUACUGGGGCGGAGAACGGAAGGUAAACGCCAAUGGCACCUUCUUGUACAACGGUGGGAUGUGUGUAGCAGUUCUACUUGAGGAAGGAAGUCAACUCAAUGAGUUACGUGAGAAGGUUUGUAGUGCCCUUCACAUUAAUUUUGAAGGAAAAAUGUUUUUCUACAACACAAAGAGGGACAAGACGAAGUAUGUAACAUUGAAUGACGACAAUGGUGUUGCAAUGUUGUUCCACUUGAACGAAGAUGAUGUCGACUUAUUUGUAGAAGAUUUAGGCCAGAAUAAUGACCCUAUCCACAAUACCGCUUACAAUUCAACAAGGGAAUCGAUGGUCACUGACAAUAGUAGCUCCCCUGGAGGAAUACUGGCAAUACCUUCUCCCAGUCAGGUGAGCAAUAGUUGUAGCCAAGAGAUGGGGUUGGUGCCGUACUUGCCGGACAAUGCAAAUGAGAUUUUAACUGGGAAGGGUUAACUAUUUGAAAGCCCCGAUCUUUUCAAGCAAUCAG